AUGGCGGCGGCAACUGCCAGCGGCGGCGGUCUAUCGGAGUUGUACUCCAGCUCCAAGCGGCUAUCUAUCGCGGUCAGAGAUGCUUUGGAGAGGCUCGAGCGCCUCGAUUUCACGUCGUCAACAUCUUCGACCGCCGUCGUCACGGGGUCUUCCGAUGAUCCAGUUACUUCGAUUCGGAGGGAGUUGAACCAGAUCCAGUCGCUCUGCGCCGAUAUGGAUCGCCGGUGGCGUUCCAUAGCAUCCAAGCCUCAACGCGAUCUCUGGAAAAGGAAAGUAGAACAAGUCAGUGAAGAGGCUGAGUCAUUCAGAGCUAGUUUGGAUAAGUACCAGGCGAGGCGUCAAAAGCGGAUACAAGAGGCCCAAGAGAGGGAAGAAUUACUUGGAAGAGCUAGUGGGGAUUCGCAUGUUUUGAAGAUUUUUGAUGAGGAGGCACAGGCAAUGGAAUCAGUCCACAGAUCGUCCAGGGUGCUUGAGGAUACUUUCGCGACAGGAGUUGCCAUUCUUUCCAAGUACAGCGAGCAAAGGGAUCACUUGAAGAGAGCUCAAAGGAAAGCACUGGAUGUUCUCAACACUUUAGGGCUGUCAAAUUCCCUACUCAGGCUCAUCGAGAGGAGAAACCGUGCUGACAAGUGGAUCAAGUAUGCCGGCAUGUUUAUAACAGUUGUGAUCCUCAUCAUGUUCUGGAGGUGGACAAGUUGA